AUGGACACAGCUAUCGAGGACGAGGGCCAGCCGCCACAGAUCUUCGAACGCAGCGUACAGGACUCAUACCAGCGUGUUCCGCAGCUAGAACGGCCGGGCGCGGGAUCGCGUGCCGGCUCGUUUGCAGGGUCUUUCUCGAGCUCGCGUCGGGGCUCAAAUCGAGGGUCUAUGUCGCUGGUGAGCGGGCCCCCAGCAGGGGCCCCCGCCCACCACACGCUCGAGGAUAUGGUCGCACCGGCGUUAGACGCAUCUGCGUCGCUAGUGACAGACUCACAAACAGACCUCGAUAACGUGGAAAUGAUUUAUUCUGGUCGCAACUCGACCAUCGGACUGGACCGUGCGUUGGGACGCACCCGCACCAACUCCAACUACAACUUGCCCCAGUUAUCGCGCGCCAACAGUAACGCAAGUGCGGUCAGCAUGGCCAGCGCCAACUCGAACGCCAGUGAUGUGAGCAACUGUAGCAACUGUACGUCCACUACAUCGGACCGGCCUCGCAUUUUGCGUUUCUAUUCUUACGCGGAUAUGAUUUCGGACGAAAACGCGCAGAAUAGACGCCCCUCUUUGAGUCAGUCGGCCUCCAGUUCAUUGUUGCGCGCCCAAUCCCCACAACCGUCGUUUUCCAAUCCUUUCCACAAUUCCAUCAAUCGCCGGGCUUCAGCUUCGUCUUCGUUGGGUCUGGCCGUUCCACCACAGCGCAGUGGUGCUCCACAACCAAGAAGUGCGGCUAGGUCACCUUCAUCGCGGGUUUCCUCACCUACUUUUGGUCCUUCGAAUAAUUCGGCACCACGGCCCAAAAACAAGUUCACAAUCGAGAGCAGCGGUAGCGAUUGUUCGACUAGUGAAGGUGAAAACGACGAAGACUCCGAUCAUGAAGCUCCUGCAACUUCGCCAAAUUCACGCUCUGCCAUGUACGGCGCAACUAAUCCGGCAAGCUCGCAAACGCUUUACAAUACCGUAACGGGUCCUCGUCUGACAAGGACCUCAACUCAAAACAGUUUCAAAAAAGUUCGCCCGGUUUACAAAACCCGCACCUAUUCCAAUGCGAGUUCCGUUUCGCCAUUUUUGAACGCCAAUCGAGCUCUUCACACAAAUCCAGCUCCUGCGCAAAACAUGAACGAUGUACUGUAUGAUGAUGGGUUACAGACUAACACCGUUAGUGAUGUUCUACGCAAGAAAAUCAGUAAUGCCAGUGAAUUGUGA